AUGUGGAGGCAAGUUUUUCUCUACUUCAGGACUCACAGCUACCAUGCAGACAACUGUCAAGCAAAGGAGACCCUCCAAAAUGAAGAUGAAGAGGAUAUUAAAGCAGCACAGUGGAUUUUCAAGCAACCCAUGGGAUCAGAGCGGAUGGAGAUGCGCAAACGGCAGAUGUCUACGACCCAGGAGACCCCAGGCGCUGCACAGGCACUGCAUGGCACAGGAAAUCGAGGGUCCAAUGCCUGCUGCUUUUGUUGGUGCUGUUGCUGCAGCUGCUCAUGUCUUACUGUUAGAAAUCAAGACGAAGAGAGAGCAAGGAGAACAUCUCAUGAACUCCAAGCAGAGGGUAUUCCAAACUGCGAGGAAAGCCCUGCUCCUACUCUUGAAGAAGUAAAUGCCUGGGCUCAAUCAUUUGACAAGUUGAUGCUUACUCCAGCUGGCAGAAAUGCUUUUCGUGAAUUUCUACGAACAGAAUUCAGCGAGGAAAACAUGCUGUUCUGGAUGGCCUGUGAGGAACUAAAACAAGAAUCCAACAAAAGUGUCAUUGAAGAAAAAGCAAGACUAAUUUAUGAAGAUUAUAUUUCUAUCCUUUCUCCAAAAGAGGUCAGUCUGGACUCCAGAGUAAGAGAAGUUAUUAACCGAAAUAUGCUGGAACCCUCACAACACACCUUCGAUGACGCACAACUUCAAAUUUAUACCUUAAUGCACAGAGACUCCUACCCACGGUUUAUGAACUCUGCUAUUUAUAAGGACUUGCUUCAGUCCUUAUCUGAAAAAUCCAUUGAAGCCUAA